AUGGUAAACAUACGUGGAAGAGAGCAAAAAAGCUCAGGAUCUCCAAAAGGAGAGGUGGGAGAGAUAGACACAAGAGCACCUUUCCAAUCUGUCAAAGCAGCUGUUUCUUUAUUUGGUGAAGUUGUAGUCUCCAAGGAUAAAGACAAACAACUCUCCAUUAAAAAGCUUUCUUCCGAGGAUGUGUUGGACACAGAGACCCAACUUAUAUUGGUUGAAAGGGAGUUUGACAUGUACAAGCAACGGCUCGAGGUUGCUGAGGAAACAAAGUCUAGAGCACAUUCUGAACUUGACAAGGCUAAGAUAACGCUUAAUGAAUUGGCUACCAAGCUGAAAACUACUAACCAGUCGAGAUUAUCAGCUAUGGAAGCUGCAGAAACCGUGAAAACACAAGCUAAGGAACUCGAAGUUGCAGAAUCUCAGCAACACUUGGGAAAUGCUGCUCGGAAACAGGAAUUGGAUCAGACAAGAGAACAGUACAAGGUCAUUGUGUGUGAACUUGAUAUUGUAAAACAAGAACUCAAUCAAAUCAGACAAGAUUUUGAUAGAGCUCUGGAGGCAAAAUCAACUUCAUUUCAACAAGCAGCGGAAGCUCAGCGUGUAGCCAAUAUGAACGCAGAAAAGAUUAAUGAGCUCUCAAACCAAAUUAAAAUCAUGCAAGAACAAGCUUUGCAAUUAAGGCUUGCCUCUAUAGAAGCUCAAGAACAACAAGAAAAUAUUAUAGCAGAGAAAGAGGCCUGCAUAAGAGCAGCUAUAGUGACCAAGGAAGAAGUUGACAAGAAAUUGAAGUCUUUAAUUCAAGAUUAUGACCCUAAGCUUCCUAGAAGACUUGAGCUGAAACUUGCAGAAACAAAUAUGGAGAUUGAAUAUGUACAAGAAGAAAUGAGAAGAACUCAUGCCUUAGACGUGGAAACCAUGAAAGUUAUAACCAUUGAGCUCGAUGAAUCAAAAAAGACAUUGCAGAAGAUCGCUGAGGAAGAGAAUUUGCUUCGAAGUAUAGUGACUCCGAUUAGAUUGGAAUUAGAUAAAGUUAAAAAGGAAAAAGCUGAAUUGGAAAAGAAAGAGAACGAAAUAUUAGAUCAGCAAAGAUUCCAACUUGAGCAGCUAACUUCAGAAGCUGAGAAAGCAAGAACAGAAGCAGAAGAGAUGAAGAAGAACAAAAAUCAACUGAAUCAAGAAACUAAAAAUGCCAAGGCAUCAGUUGAAAAAACAAAGGGCAAGCUUAACUUUGCUCUUAAAAAGGCUGAACUAGCUAAAGAAGAAGAGAAGAUAGCACAUGAUGAGAUGAAAAUAUUGUCCGAGAAACACAAGAAACAAAAUCCUGAAUCGACUGAUAACAUAAUAAAUAUUUCAUUGCAGGAGUUUGAGAGUUUAAAAAAGAAAGUGGAGGAAAGUGAAACCAUAGCUGAUGCAAAAGAGACAGAGGCUAUAAUUCAAGUGGAAGAUAUUAAUACAAGGAAGAAUGCAGCAGAGAAAAAGUUGCAGGAAAAUUUGAAAGCCAUUAAAGAAAUUAAAGAAGCCACUGAUAUCGCUUGGAAGUCAGUAGAGAUAUUGGUAGAGAAAGCACACAUGGAAGGUCAUGAACAUCGAAGGCGGCGUAAAAAAGAUGAUAAAUAA